AUUUACGUGAACUGGUUUUAUUUCGUUUUUUCCUUGCUCUACUAAAGUUGCUGCACACAUAACAGUUUAUCGAGACGAUAAUUCAUACAAAACAGCAAGUUUCAGGCUGUGCAUUCAAGCGCUGCUUCCGCAAGCGGUGUUGACUACUAUAGAUUCCGCUGGAAAUAUAAUUACGGUUCAGUUGAAAUGUCCAGAUGAACAACCUGACCGAUUCGCUGGUCGCUGUGAAGUGUGCAAUAGGGGGUUGAUCUCAAUUUCGAGUGCGUUAUCGCCAAACUAUUGUGCCUAAGUUUGUGAUAAGUGUGUGAUUCAUAGUGUUACUUGUUGGAAUCUGAUAACAUCAGUACACAGAUUGUGUGCCAACCAGUACUCCAACAAGACGAAAAAAAAAUCCACGAGCAACACAGCAACAACUCGCAUCCCAGCAACCUUCAAUAUUCGCUAACCAGCGAGUUUGCAAGCAAUGACAAUGGGAGAUGAUGCGCCCGUCGUAACAUCCCUGGUACUUCCGAUUCUGAUACGGCCAAUAUUGUCCCAGCUCGAGAGGCGCGAUGUGGUCGCAUCACAAGCGUUGCGUGCCGCACUCACCAAGGCGGAACAGAGCCACCCGGGACUGACGUACGAUCUGGUCAUGGGCAUCAUCAAGAAGGGUGACAUCAAUGUGAAUAUGAACGAAAGCAUCCUCAGACUGCAGGGUGCGGCCACAGACACGGACUUGAUCGAAUAUCGGUUAAAUCGCACGGAGGAUGCAUUCCAGGAACUGAACAAAAAAUCAGCGGCAUUGAAACGAAUCCUGAGCCGCAUUCCGGACGAGAUAGCUGAUAGGAAAACAUUCCUGGAAACGAUAAAAGAAAUAGCCAGUGCCAUUAAAAAGCUGCUCGAUGCGGUCAACGAAGUGGUCGGCUUUAUACCUGGCUCGUCCGGCAAGCAGGCGGUGGAACAGCGAAAGAAGGAGUUUGUGAAGUAUUCCAAAAAGUUUAGCACCACCCUAAAAGAGUACUUCAAGGAAGGAGAGGCAAAUGCCGUAUUCGUAAGUGCCCUGUACCUGAUACACCAAACAAAUCAGAUUAUGAUAACGGUCAAGAAUAAAUGCGAGUAGACUUCCUGAGCUUCCGAUCGUGGCGCGAUCGCCCACGCGGAAAUAGAUGCUGAAUGAAGCAGAAUCAUGAGUAUUUAAUGAUAGAAGUUUUGUUAAUUUGUUUUUUUUGUGCAUUGUUUUCUGUUUAAUUUCCUCUUCCCUCGUCCCUUUUCCACACUUUCCCCCCCCCCCCCCCCCCCCCCACGUUACAUUUUCCGUUGCAAUAAUGAUUGGUACGAAGGGCGCAUUUCCAGGGCGCCAUUGUUAACAGAGUUGCGUUAGUGCGUAUGAACGUAGUCUGCCUGUUUUCUUUUGGCGACACGUUUAUUUUUUAAAGGACAGGACACUCUGGAUUGAUACGAAUAUUUACAUUUGCAAUAGGACGGGGACAACCCUAAGAGUGGUACUGAAUGGUGCAAAUCGUACGAACGUGGUGAAAUGAACAGAACAGAGAUAGUUUAGAAAACAAUGUGGAUUAUGAAUAUUAUUACAAUUAUUAUUAUUAUGAAAAACUUUUUUUUCUAUACAGACUGUAGGCAAGCAGAGUAGAGCAGCAGCUAGGAAAUUAAUGAGAGCGAACGGAAGAACUUACACGUAUUAGAAAAGAUUGAAAGGUUGAACAACAACAAAAAACGUCUAUAUAUAUACAAUACUUUGAAUGUUUUCGAGUAGGAGAAGAAGCAGAUAACGACUAUAAAAAAGAAAACUAUGAUAACGUUAUUAUUUCCUUUUACAGUAACAGAAGAACGCCGAGCGGAGACAUAAAACAAAAAUCUUAAUAAAACCAUACACUAUAGUUUUAAAA